UGCCCUGUCCUCAGCCUUUAUAACCGCUGCCUCCAGCACAGAAACACCAGUUGAAUUCAACAAACCAUGAAGACUUUCAAACUCUGCAUUGUACUAAGCCUGGCAGUCGCAGUUUACUGCGUGCCAGUACCGCAGGUUACUGUGCAAGAUGAGAAUUUUGCAGAGAGCUACCUGAAGAAAUUCUUCAACCUAACAGAGGAGACAGGUCCAUCUAGCAGACGGGGGAUCAGCCCGGUGAGCAGGAAGCUGAGUGAGAUGCAACGAUUCUUUGGUCUCCAGGUCACCGGGACGCUGGAUAAUAAAACCUUAGAGAUGAUGAAGAAGCCCCGCUGUGGUGUUCCAGAUGUCCAUAUUGCCAGGUUCUCCACGUUUGAAAAUAACCUCAAGUGGACUAAGAACAGCCUCACCUACAGGAUAGAGAACUACACACCUGACAUGCCAGUGUCAGAGGUCGAUGACUCCAUAGAGAAGGCACUGCAGGUUUGGGCCAAAGUCACUCCUCUGAGAUUCACAAGAAUCAACAGUGGCACCGCUGACAUCAUGAUCUCCUUUGGCCGCCAAGAGCAUGGUGAUUAUUACCCUUUUGAUGGCCCUGGAAGCACUCUUGCCCAUGCCUUCUCCCCAGGGCCUGGAAUUGGAGGAGAUGCUCAUUUUGAUGAAGAUGAGACGUUCACUUUCCGCUCAAACAAAGGCUACGUCCUCUUCAUGGUGGCUGCCCAUGAGUUUGGCCACUCCCUGGGCUUGUCUCACUCUAAUGAUCGUAGUGCUCUCAUGUACCCAACGUAUUCAUACGCAAACCCCGACACUUUUGUUCUUCCCCGGGAUGAUGUCAACGGCAUUCAGUCUCUCUAUGGUCCAAACCCAGAGAAGGAUCCUGUUAAGCCUGGACCUAAGCCCCCCACCACCUCUGAUGCCUGUGAUUCAACCAUGGUCUUGGACGCUGUCACCACCCUGCGAGGAGAAAUGCUCUUCUUCAAGGGCAGUUUCUUUUGGCGUAGAUACCCCCAGAGUGCGACACCACAGCAAAGUCUCAUCAAAAACGUCUGGCCCAAUGCCCCCAUCAGCAUUGAUGCCGCUUAUGAACAGUCAGACCGACUCUUUUUAUUUAAAGAUCAGAAAGUGUGGGCUUUCAGUGGCUACAAUCUUGUACCUGGCUAUCCUAAGUCAAUUUCCAGUUUUGGUUUGCCCACAACUGUGAAGAAAAUUGAUGCAGCCCUUUAUGAUGUGGAAUCUGCCAAGACUCUGUUCCUUGUAGACAGAAAUUACUACAGUUAUGAUGAGGCCAAAAAGGCUAUGGACCCGGGAUUCCCCAGGAGUUUGGAUCAGGCCUUCUCCGGCCUGACCGGCAAGGUGACUGCAGCUUUUCAGUACAGAGGUUUCACGUACAUCUACAGUGGAACCAACAUGUUUGAGUACAGCCUGAGCAGCGGCACAUUGUACCGUGUGCUGGGGAACAACUACUUCUUGAGAUGCACUUCUAGAAGAGUUUAAUACCUAGGUCAUUUUAUGUAGGCAAUCUGAAUGACUAUGAAGGCACCAAAGUUAAACAGUGUCCAUGAUACAUAAUAAUAUAUUUUAUAACAUAUAAUUAUUAGGGCUGUCAGCAUUAACGCAUUAAUCACGAUGAGAUUAAGGACGUUUUAAUUGUGUUAUUCGGGUUAAACGCAUGUGUCAGAUAUUCUUAUUUUACACUGUCACUGGUGCUGUUACCAAAGAAUCUUUGCUAAAAAGAUCUUUGGCUGCUACUGUUUUGACCCUUCAAUGCACCCUUACUUGUUGUCAUGCUGCCACAGGCACUUCCCAACUCCUGCUUCAACUGAAAUAAUGUAGCUUUUGAGUAUUUUGUUUGUUAUGCACUUUAUAUUAAUGUAUGUACAUUUUGUACAUGCACUUUUGCUGUAGAAUUUUUGAAAGCAAGCUUAAGGACGACUACAUUUCUGAAGAAAUUGAUUGUUUUACUGCAGUCUUGUUGCACAUCUUUUGAUUUGAAAUAAUCAAAUAAAUCUAAAAGUCAAAUUCAGAAAAUAACUUCAUUUGCAUUAAUUGGAUUUCCAAUCAAGAUACACUGUUAAGAAUUGUUAUCAUUGUUAAUACAGACUUAAUAGUUGAGAUAUAAUAAUAAUAAUAAUAAUAAUAAUAGAAUGAUAGAAUUUUAAUCAUGUGAUAAAAAUGCGAAUAAUCGCGAUUAACUAUUGAAAUUCAGCGAUUAAUUGUUUGACAGCCCUAAUAUUUAUAUAUUUUCACACUCACAGGUUGGAUAUAGGUCAUUCUGAGAACAGCUCUAAUGUUUUUUUGUUAUUUUUGUGAACUCAGCCAUGGUUAUUUUAAGUUAAUUUAACUCGAUUUUAACUUAUUUAUGUCACAUAUUUUUGUGUUUAUUUAAGGUUAACUGUGUAACUUUGGAAUGUGUUACAUACAUUAAUUAUGUACAACAAUUAUAUGUCAACACAGAUUUUCACUGUGACAACACCUAUGACUGUAUGUAUGCAAAUAAUGAACAAAAUGUGACAAAGUAAAAAGAAACAUUAUUAAAUUUAAAUUAUACUGCUUGUGCAUUUUCUCAA